GGGACACAAUGUUUUUAUACGGUUAUAGACCAUUACUAAGUAGCAUUUCACUGGACCAAGAUAAUAGACCCAAUGAGAGAGGUCACCAAACUCACACUGACUUUUGGGGACCAAGCAGGCCUCCAAGGUUGCCGCUGACGAGAAGAUAUGGGUCUCGAGGGAGCACUCGUCCUGACAGAUCACCUGCUAUUGAAGGAAUAAUACAACAGAUCUUUGCAGGAUUCUUUGCAAAUUCGGCGAUUCCUGGAUCCCCACACCCCUCUUCUUGGAGCGGAAUGCUGCACUCCAACCCUGGGGACUAUGCCUGGGGUCAGACAGGGCUUGAUGCCAUUUUAACCCAGCUUUUAGGACAGCUAGAAAACACAGGUCCCCCUCCAGCUGACAAGGAAAAGAUCAAUUCUCUCCCAACAGUGACAGUAACUCAGGAACAAGUUGAUACGGGUUUAGAAUGUCCAGUAUGCAAAGAAGAUUACACAGUUGAAGAGAAAGUCCGGCAGUUACCCUGCAACCACUUCUUUCACAGCAGCUGCAUUGUGCCAUGGUUAGAGCUGCAUGACACAUGCCCCUUAUGUAGGAAGAGCUUAAAUGGUGAGGACUCCACUCGGCAAACCCAGAGCUCUGAGGCCUCUGCAAGCAACAGAAUUAGCAAUGACAGCCAGCUACAUGACCGAUGGACUUUCUGAAACUCAAGACCUCACCUGAACCAAGGCUGCCUGUAUUAGUCUUGUUAUAAUAGCUGUAAAUUGUAUCAAAACUAAACAAACAAAAUAGUAGAUGGAUUUAGGAAUCAUGUAAGAAACCCCAACCCAUAAUAUUAAUGCAACGAGUGUAUUUCUUCUCUAAAUUUAAAGUUAAAACCUACAGAUGGAAUUGUA